AUGUCAAUAGCGGUUUUGGAUAAUGAAUAUUGGAAAACACCUCAGAACCGGCGAUAUGACAGACUCCGUGACCUAAUGAUUGCUGAGGCUCUUACCGUCACCGAAGCCAUUGAAUCGGCCGGCGGUCGAGCGGCACCCGUAUACACUGGUGUGUUUUCAGUGGAGAACAAACUGAGCGAUCAUGUUGUUUCCACACCUGCCACUGAUGGUAGUCAUAAUAUCAAUGUAUCUUUAUCAUGGCUGAGGAAAUUGACGAAUCUCGGCCAGAUACCGUUAAUAUUGCCGACCGCUAUAGAUGAUUCUUCGGCACAAAGGACAAUAUCACCUGAUUCUGGAAUGGUCGCUUUAUCAUAUGCUUUGGCCCAUUUGAAGGCAAACGAAACAGUAUCGGAUACGGAAGGGUUUAAUGACAAAAUGGUAUUUGAGCCAUCAAAGAUUGUAGUUAUUAAUUCAGAAGGAGGUAUUCCGUCUGCUGAGAGGAAAGGAUCACAUGUAUUUGUCAACAUUCAGUCGGAAUAUGAUGAUAUCAAAAGUAGCUAUCAAUUAAAUCCGCAGUGGCAUACCACACAUCCAACUGGAUUGGAAAAUCUCGAAAUGAUUAAAAAAUGUCUAGAGCAUUUACCAAUAACAUCUUCAGCAAUAAUGGUACCGGCUCAUUCACCGAUUGGCCUAAUAGCAAACUUGAUAACAGAUAAACCUCUCUUUUCUUCAUCGCUUCCUAUCCGCUCUGCUUCUACUCCCCUGACGACAACUACGGUCCUCCGCCAUGGCCUAAAAGUAUCUCAUCACACCUCAUUUUCCACUCUCAAUAUCGACUCUAUGGUUAAACUCAUCGAGUCGUCAUUUGGGCGUCGUUUAGAUGUUGAUCAUUACUUGACGAGGAUGGAAAGUUGUAUCGAUAACAUCAUUCUCGUUGGUGACUAUCAGGGUGCAGCGGUGAUUACUAAAGAGAAUGAGGAUGGAGCGGGAAAGGGUAACAUAGCAUAUUUGGAUAAGUUUGUUGUGGCGCCAGACAGUCAGGGGAUUGGUGUGGCUGAUAUAUUGUGGAGACGAAUUGAAGUUAAUUAUCCCAAUAUUGUAUGGAGAGCGAGAGCAGACAACCAGAUUAACAAAUGGUACUGGGAACGAUCAACUGGUGACCUAAGAAUACCAGGAACUAACUGGACAAUGUUUUGGUAUGGAAUAGAAGGAGUUGAUACGAUAAAUGGUUAUGCUAAAGUAUGUCGGAAGAUCCCACCAUCACUGUAUGGGUGA